CUGGCGAAAGGAGGUUUGAGUAGUAAAAAAUCGAGCGAUUCGUGUCAAAGACUCGUGGAUGCUUUUUAGGUCGAGUCUGGCUUUCAGCCAAGAAAGUUUCUUUGUGCGCUGUUCACCACACUCAGCUGGGCGGUGCCUCGAUUCGUGCAGACGCGAAUUCUCGCUCUUUCUCAGGUUGGUUUUGCCCGCCUCCUUUUCAGGAGAAAAUUUUCCGCCUUUCGUUGCAGCUCCGAGGGACAACUCGGAAAUUUCAAACCCUUCGAAUCUGGAGGCUUCCCAAGAACGAAAACGCCGCCAGACCGACCGACUCGCGGUUUUCUCGACCUUGUCUUGCGGCCCCGGACUCUAGCUGGCGCAUCUGGUCGUUGUUUAUUGUCUCUGGGGGGUUUGUGGGGGAAAGUAGCGUCUCUUGCGUCUUUCUCGGCCUUCCUCCCGGACAGAAGACGGUCUCUCGCCCUCGAUUCCGAGACAACGCCCUCCUCCCUCCAAACAGCGCCCACCGCCGUCGAGGCGCUUGUCUUUUUCUUUUCGUCUCCUUUUCCCCGACACACGCGAGAAAAAACUCUUGUUUCAACGCGAUGAAUCCUCCUAGACUUCCGCCCGCGGGUCGGGCGGCCGUCAUGCCUCGGCGGUUUUCACAAGAACCUCCGACCGACGCCGCUUCUGCGCCGACUGUCUGCGCGUCGAAGUUGCGCCUCUCCCCUCCAGGAAAGUCUGCUUCUUCAGCUUCAGAUCCGACCACGAAAAUGCAAGUUCGCCGGUCCUCGUCGCGUCUUCUUCAACUCGUAACCGCGGAGCCGCCGGUCGCGCGGACCCUCAUCACCAGUCGGCUUUGCUCUCGGGUGUAUGUACAUCUGGGACUCUCGACUUUGCUCUCUGGCGCGGCUGCCUGCGUCUUGCUCGGCUCUCCAGAACUCACUUCUGCUCUCGCACCCGCCGGCCUCGCCGACGCCUCUCAGGUCCGGCGUCUCUCGUCGCAACUCCCGCAUGCAAUUGAGGAAUUCCUCAACGUCAGCGGAGGCAUGAGCCUGUUCAUCGGCAUCUUGCUGACCCUCGUAGGCAGCGUCUUGAUGGCGGGAGGCAGCACCAUGAUGAAAGUUGGAAUCCACCUCGAGUCCGAACGAGCCAAAAAUACUUCCAUUCUCAUGUGUGAACCGAUGUGGCUAGGCGGUUUCGGAGCGUACACACUCGGGGCUCUGAUGCACGUCGUCGCUCUCGCCUUCGCUCCCGCCAGUGUUCUCGCCCCCAUGAACUCCAUCGGACUCAUUGCGAACGCCAUCACUGCGGCGACUGUGCUGAAGGAGCCCUUUGGUUUCCAAGAGUUCCUUUUCACGGGAGGCACAGCGCUGGGUGUGACGUUGUGUGCAUGCGCGACGCUGCUGCCUCACGACGAGUUCGUAAACAUGGGAAGCGACGCAGCGAUGUUCUCGGAGAAAGACGUCGGCCUGUACAGCUGGCGAGAUCCGUGGUACUUGGCGUACCUCGCCUGCUGCGUUGUCCCCGGCUUCGGCACCCUCAUCUACGUAAACUCCGAAGAAAGUGCACAACUCGAGGAACAGGAACGCUACAUGAUGGCCUCUCCACGCACAAACUUAAAGCGGAUCGAGCUGGCGCGUCUGAGCGCCUCGCAGGCGAGCUCCGGCGCGGGAGGUGUCGAAGGAAAUGUCGGAAGUCUCGGCUUGAACAACUCAGAAUACUCUGCCCAGACAGCGCAGAAAUCGAAAAUCUUCAGAAAUAUUCAGGGAGGAAACGACGACUCUCGCUGCGCUCUGCUCGAUGACGAGGACAGCACCCAGCAACAAGCUUUGGGGAGAAAAACCGUUGUCUAUUCCAGGUGUAUCGGUCUGUGCUACGGCUUCCUGGCGGGUCUGACUGGCGCCCAGUGCGUCUUGGAGCUGAAGGAACUCGCCGCAUGCUUUCAUGCGGGCAUGGACGACCCCACCAUCUGGCACCACCCGCAGCCGUACCUCGUCGUCGUCUUCCUCGUCGCCUCCGUCUGGACUCAAAUUCACUUUCUGAACCUUGGGCUCGCGCGCGGAGAAGCGACACUCGUCGUCCCCACUUACUACGUCAGCUGGACCUUCUUUGGCACUCUUGGCGGUUUCGCAAAGUUCCACGAGAUCCAAGGUUUUAGCGUGGGAGCCAUCAUCCUCUUCGGUCUCGGCUUCGGCUUGACGAUUCUCUGCAUCGCGAUCCUUGCUGUGCAAGAAAUGACUGUCCUGCGUCGCUACGUGGACGAACGCGUUCCUGAUUUGCCUGAGGCCGAACUUGACUUGCCGACGCAGGAGUUGCAGGAGCAGCAGCUGGCGAAGCAGGUGACUCUGGCGAUGGGUCUGUUCCCGUUUUCCAUGCUCGGGAGAACUGUAGGAAGGAAGAGGUUUCGGCCACUCUACCAACGAUUUCGACGCACUCGCUCGACCGCCUCGGAUACUGCUCUCAACGACUCUUACGGCGAACUGACUCUCAGCUCUGCAGGCGUCGUGGCUGCGUACACUCUCCCUCACAACCUCCACUUCAACCGCGGCGGCUCCGAGAGCCUGGCGGGGGAGUCUCGCGGAAGUCGGCGCGAGGUGCCUGAGGUUGCUCGUGCAGAGAGUCUCGGCUCUUCGCCGUUUUCGCGGCAUCUGUCGGCUGCGGGUCGACAGACAGAGACGCAUUCGUCCAAGUUUUCCUCGAGUGCGUUGGGCGAGUCGAGCGACAAAGCUGAAAGUGACGACAGGCGCGUUCAGCGCGUCGGCCACUCAGACUCUCAGGGCCAGUGGCCUGGAGCUUCGAGGCCGCCUUUCCCCGGAAGCGGCGCAGGUUCCAGCACGCGAGCGCCAGAGUCAAGUCGCGCACCUGGGCGUAUCGGCUGGGAUGCGAAGCCGCAACCGACUGUCGAAUUUCGAGUUCCUCCUGUCACUCGCGUUGCCGGAGGAGUGCAUGGAUCUCUGGCUUCGCCUGAUGCGAGCCCAACGGCGACGCGCUACUCCGCAUUGCCUCAGCACGCGCAGACCUCUGGAAAGGCGUCGCAUGGCCUUUGAACUGUGCAGAGAGACAGAAGAGAGGCCAACAUCUCGGCGUCUCAAAACGCGGUGAAUUGAUUUUCCAUGCACGACCGGAAAAUCUCUCCGACGCCAUCCACAUCGCGAAGGGGAGACACUCUCUUGGCACUUGAAAUAGAACGCUUCGAUGACAGAAGCCUCUCUGUCCUCCACACAGAGAGAACCCCAUGCAACUAAACAUACCCUUGUACAUCUGUAUGUAAGUAUACACAGAUGCAAGUAUGUGUACAUAUAUAAAUACAUAUAUAUACAUAUAUAUAUUUAUGUAUUCUCACCCAUAAACGCAUAGAUGUCUGUGAGUGUUUAGGUUCUUAUGUUUCUUUUUGGAAUUGAAAGCUACGUGACUGAAAACGUCGCGAUCGAAACAGCUGUCUGUGCACCGCAGGUCUUUGCGCUUUUAUGAAGGGAUGUCGGUGCUGUCCAAACUCAAAGCCUGCAAUCCUCUCAAAAGAGAAAGGAGACUCGCAGUUGGGUGUCGCCGUUGCCACCUAGGUCCAGACACCGCACGCAGGCAUGGGGGACAGGACAGCCCUGUACAUACGCGCGAACUCCGAAACUCUGGACCUGUGGCAGUUCGCUGUGCGAAUGCUCACCUGAAGAGAAAUACGGGAUUGGCCGUCUCUGUUUGUGUGAUUUAGUGUGAACCUGUUCGCAUCUGUCUUCAAAAAUGGUGUAGGCGUGCACUGUACAUGCAUGCAAGAACCAGAAUCAGAUCGGGAAAGCCAGCGGCGCUUUCGAGGUUUUCUUGGCGCAUCCCGGGGAGAGAAAUUCGAGAAAUUUUCGCAAAUCUCUCGUGAACAUUUUUGUGUAGUGUUCUUUCUUUUUAACGUCUUUGGAGAAUUCGCCUCGAAGCGAGAUCUCGAAAGGCGACGUUGCAGACCACGCCGGC